AUGGUUGCUAUCUUAUCAGAACAAGAAUUCCACGAUCAAAUCGUUUGCAAGUACACCGACGUUAUCGGAGAAAAACUUGGAGGAAAAGUGUUGAAAUUUUCAGACGAAUGGUUUGCUGCCGCUGAAAACUUAAUCAAACCAAAGGCUCCAAUCAGAGAUGCCACUAGAUUUGUAGAUUCCGGUGCUUGGUACGACGGUUGGGAAACCAGAAGACACAACACCGAGGAAGCUGACUGGGUCACUUUCCGCUUGGGUGUUUCCUCUGCCAAAUUGAUUGGUUGUGAGGUCGACACUGCUUACUUCAAUGGAAAUCAUGCUCCUGCUAUUAGUGUGGAAGCUGCAACUUCUGAAAGCGACGACGUAGAAGAAUCUCAAUGGGAAACUGUUAUUGCCAAGACGGAAUGUGGUCCAUCUCAAAAGCAUUUCUUUGUAAGAGAGGCCAUUACUGAAACCAACUAUACUCACGUUAGAUUGAGAAUGUACCCGGACGGUGGAAUUGCAAGAUUUAGACUUUACGGUACCGUAGUUCCUAUUUAUCCAAAGGACUUGUCUACCGUUUUGGAUUUGGCUUCCGUAAAGAAUGGUGGGGUUGCCAUUCGUUACUCUGACCAGCAUUUUGGAUCUGCUGACAACUUGAUCUUGCCUGGUAGGGGCCACGAUAUGUCCGAUGGCUGGGAAACUAAGAGAUCGAGAGAACCUGGCCAUGUUGAUUGGGUUGUCAUUAAGUUGGGUGCAAAGACCAAGGUUUCUUCCAUUGUUGUAGACACUGCAAAUUUCAAGGGUAAUUUCCCACAAAAGGUUAACUUAAAGGGUGUCAACGUAGACGACGACAAAUCUGUCCCAGAAUUCAACAGUAAGGACUGGGAAGUUUUAGUCGGUGACUCAAAGACUGGCCCACACAAGGAACACACAUUUGACAUUGAAACCAAGGGUACCUACUCUCACGUAUUAUUGACCAUUAUUCCAGAUGGUGGUGUCAAGAGAGUCAGGGUAUUCGGAACCAUCGCAUAG